AGACCACCCACGCCGAGGGCCAUGGAACUGCUUAAUAGAAACAGGCUUGUAAUUGUGAGUCCGCGCUGCACUCCGCCGAAAACCUCCGGCUGCCCAGCGCGCCGGGGUUUUUACACUUUCCGUCCCUUUUGUAAAGACGGAGGAGGAGGAGGAGAAGACGAAGAAGAAGAAAAAGACGACAGGGAAGACAAAGAGACCCGCAGCGACAAGGCAAGGGGGAGACGAAGGAAGACAGGGAGAAGGAGGCGAAGGACGAGGAAAGGGGGGCAAGGAAAAAAAAAAAAAAAAGGAAUUGAUGUGAAAUCCAAGCCCAGCGUCCGCGCCAUCGGCACCCGCGCUCCGGGUUGGGGUUGACGGCCGGCUAUGGGGAAGGCUACUGGCCGGAAAGCGCCGCUGUGGCUGAGAGCGAAGUUUCAGAGACUCUUAUUUAAGCUGGGUUGUUACAUACAAAAAAACUGCGGCAAGUUCCUGGUUGUGGGCCUUCUCAUAUUUGGGGCCUUCGCUGUGGGAUUAAAGGCAGCUAAUCUCGAGACCAACGUGGAGGAGCUGUGGGUGGAAGUUGGUGGACGAGUGAGUCGUGAAUUAAAUUAUACUCGCCAGAAGAUAGGAGAAGAGGCUAUGUUUAAUCCCCAACUCAUGAUACAGACCCCAAAAGAAGAAGGCGCUAAUGUCCUGACCACAGAAGCCCUCCUACAACACCUGGACUCAGCACUUCAGGCCAGCCGAGUCCACGUCUACAUGUACAACAGGCAAUGGAAAUUGGAACAUUUAUGCUACAAAUCAGGAGAACUUAUCACAGAAACAGGUUACAUGGAUCAGAUAAUAGAGUAUCUGUACCCUUGUUUGAUCAUUACACCUUUGGACUGCUUCUGGGAAGGGGCGAAGUUGCAAUCUGGAACGGCGUACCUCCUAGGUAAACCUCCUUUGCGGUGGACAAACUUUGACCCUUUGGAAUUCCUAGAAGAGUUAAAGAAAAUAAACUACCAAGUGGACAGCUGGGAGGAAAUGCUGAAUAAGGCUGAAGUGGGCCAUGGGUACAUGGACCGUCCCUGCCUCAACCCAGCUGACCCAGAUUGCCCCGCCACAGCCCCCAACAAAAAUUCAACCAAACCUCUUGAUAUGGCCCUUGUUUUGAAUGGUGGAUGCCAGGGAUUAUCCAGAAAGUAUAUGCACUGGCAGGAGGAAUUGAUUGUGGGUGGCACGGUCAAGAACAGCACUGGAAAACUUGUCAGUGCCCACGCCCUGCAGACCAUGUUUCAAUUAAUGACUCCCAAGCAAAUGUAUGAGCACUUCAAAGGCUAUGAGUAUGUCUCACACAUCAAUUGGAACGAGGACAAAGCCGCAGCCAUCCUGGAGGCAUGGCAGAGGACCUAUGUGGAGGUGGUUCAUCAGAGCGUCCCCCAGAACUCCACUCAGAAGGUGCUGUCCUUCACCACCACAACCCUGGACGACAUCCUCAAAUCCUUCUCUGAUGUCAGCGUCAUCCGAGUGGCCAGUGGCUACCUACUGAUGCUUGCCUAUGCCUGUUUAACCAUGCUGCGCUGGGACUGCUCCAAGUCCCAGGGUGCCGUGGGACUGGCUGGCGUCCUAUUGGUUGCACUGUCAGUGGCUGCAGGAUUGGGCCUGUGCUCAUUGAUCGGGAUUUCCUUUAAUGCUGCAACAACUCAGGUUUUGCCAUUUCUUGCUCUUGGUGUUGGUGUUGAUGAUGUUUUCCUUCUGGCGCAUGCAUUUAGUGAGACAGGACAGAAUAAAAGGAUCCCUUUUGAGGACAGGACUGGGGAGUGCCUCAAACGCACAGGAGCCAGUGUGGCCCUCACCUCCAUCAGCAAUGUCACAGCCUUCUUUAUGGCCGCCUUAAUUCCCAUCCCCGCUCUGCGAGCAUUCUCCCUCCAGGCUGCAGUGGUGGUCGUGUUCAAUUUUGCCAUGGUGCUCCUAAUUUUCCCUGCAAUUCUCAGCAUGGAUUUAUAUCGUCGUGAAGAUAGGAGAUUGGAUAUUUUCUGCUGUUUUACAAGCCCCUGUGUCAGCAGAGUGAUUCAGGUUGAACCUCAGGCCUACACAGAGCCUCACAGUAACACCCGUUACAGCCCCCCACCACCCUAUAGCAGCCACAGCUUCGCCCACGAAACACACAUCACCAUGCAGUCCACCGUCCAGCUCCGCACCGAAUACGACCCUCAUACACACAUCUACUACACCACUGCCGAGCCACGCUCUGAGAUUUCUGUGCAGCCCAUCACCGUCACCCAGGACACCCUCAGCUGCCAGAGCCCCGAGAGCACCAGCUCCACCAGGGACCUCCUCUCCCAGUUCUCCGACUCCAGCCUCCACUGCCUUGAGCCCCCCUGUACCAAGUGGACACUCUCGUCUUUUGCAGAGAAGCACUAUGCUCCUUUUCUCUUGAAACCAAAAGCCAAGGUUGUGGUGAUCCUCCUUUUCCUGGGCUUGCUGGGGGUCAGCCUUUAUGGGACCACUCGAGUGAGAGAUGGGCUGGACCUUACAGACAUUGUCCCUCGGGAAACCAGAGAAUAUGACUUUAUAGCUGCACAGUUCAAAUACUUUUCUUUCUACAACAUGUAUAUAGUCACACAGAAAGCGGACUACCCAAAUAUCCAGCACUUACUUUACGACCUUCACAAGAGUUUCAGUAAUGUGAAGUAUGUCAUGUUGGAAGAGAAUAAACAGCUUCCCAAAAUGUGGCUGCAUUACUUCAGAGACUGGCUCCAAGGACUUCAGGAUGCAUUUGACAGUGACUGGGAAUCUGGGAAGAUCAUGCCAAACAAUUAUAAAAAUGGAUCCGAUGAUGGGGUCCUGGCCUACAAACUCCUGGUGCAAACUGGCAGCCGUGAUAAGCCCAUCGACAUCAGUCAGUUGACUAAACAGCGCCUGGUGGGCGCAGAUGGUAUCAUUAAUCCCAGUGCCUUCUACAUCUACCUGACGGCUUGGGUCAGUAACGACCCCGUUGCUUAUGCUGCCUCCCAGGCCAACAUCCGGCCCCACAGACCAGAAUGGGUCCACGACAAAGCCGACUACAUGCCAGAAACGAGGCUGAGAAUCCCAGCUGCAGAGCCCAUCGAGUAUGUUCAGUUCCCUUUCUACCUCAACGGCUUGCGAGACACCUCAGACUUUGUGGAAGCCAUUGAAAAAGUCAGAACCAUCUGCAGUAACUACACAAGCCUGGGGCUCUCCAGCUACCCCAACGGCUACCCCUUCCUCUUCUGGGAGCAGUACAUCAGCCUGCGGCACUGGCUUCUGCUGGCCAUCAGUGUGGUGCUGGCCUGCACGUUUCUCGUGUGUGCGGUCUUCCUGCUGAACCCCUGGACGGCCGGGAUCAUUGUGAUGGUGCUGGCUCUGAUGACUGUCGAGCUCUUCGGCAUGAUGGGCCUUAUUGGGAUCAAGCUGAGCGCUGUGCCUGUGGUCAUCCUGAUUGCAUCCGUCGGCAUCGGAGUAGAGUUUACCGUGCACGUGGCUUUGGCCUUUCUGACAGCCAUCGGUGAUAAGAACCGCAGGGCCGUGCUUGCCCUCGAACACAUGUUUGCUCCAGUUCUGGAUGGUGCUGUGUCCACUCUACUAGGAGUCCUGAUGCUCGCAGGGUCUGAAUUUGAUUUCAUUGUCAGGUAUUUCUUUGCUGUCCUGGCGAUUCUCACCAUCCUGGGAGUUCUCAAUGGACUGGUUUUGCUUCCUGUCCUGUUAUCUUUCUUCGGACCAUGUCCUGAGGUGUCUCCAGCCAAUGGCCUGAACCGGCUGCCCACCCCUUCGCCUGAGCCGCCCCCAAAUGUUGUCCGGUUUGCGGUGCCCCCUGGUCACACGAACAAUGGGUCUGAUUCCUCUGACUCAGAAUACAGCUCUCAAACAACUGUGUCAGGCAUCAGUGAGGAGCUGCGGCAGUACGAAGCACAGCAGGGUGCAAGAGGCCCUGCCCACCAAGUGAUCGUGGAAGCCACAGAAAACCCUGUCUUCGCCAGGUCCACUGUGGUCCAUCCAGAAUCAAGGCAUCACCCUUCCUCGAACCCUCGACAGCAGUCCCACCUGGACUCAGGCUCCCUACACCCUGGACGGCAAGGCCAGCAGCCCCGCAGGGACCCCCCCAGAGAAGGCUUGCGGCCACCUCCCUACAGACCGCGCAGAGACGCUUUCGAAAUUUCUACUGAAGGGCAUUCUGGCCCUAACAAUAGGGACCGCUCGGGUCCCCGUGGGGUCCGUUCUCACAACCCUCGGAGCCCAGCAUCCACUGCCAUGGGCAGCUCCAUGCCCAGCUACUGCCAGCCCAUUACCACUGUGACAGCUUCUGCAUCAGUGACUGUUGCUGUGCACCCCCCUCCUGGCCAUGCACGGAGCCCCCGAGGGGGACCCUGCCCAGGCUAUGAGGGCUACCCUGAAACUGACCAUGGGCUAUUUGAAGACCCUCAUGUGCCUUUUCAUGUCCGGUGCGAAAGGAGGGACUCGAAGGUGGAAGUCAUAGAGCUACAGGACGUGGAAUGUGAGGAAAGGCCCUGGGGAGGCAGCUCCAACUGAGGUGUGUGCCAGAGGGGUCCAGAGAGAGAAGGUUCUCAGGCAGAGUCUUUCAGAGUACCUUGGGCACUGGUGCAUCCCAAACUGGACCCCUGGGGACCUUUUUUUUCUCAAAAUGAGGCUAGUAUGUCCAAGCUUUGUUAUCCUUGGGGCACUAAUCCAGUUCCAAACUGGAUUUCUAUUCUGUCAGUAUUAACCUCUUGAGCACCCUAAUAACCACCAUGUGCCUGUUUGCCAGUGCUUAUUGUAGCAUCCUAACAGGUAUGCAAGUAAUGUGCUAAGCUAAAAAUAUAUUAAGUGCAUUUAGUACCCCAUUUGGCGAAAACAAACAAACAAACAAACAAAACAAAAAAAAAAAGCAUUUCAGUUGAGCCAUCCUAAUAGGUUAGGGACUGAGGAUGAUGAAUGGACAGCUCAGUGAGUAGUCAUAAAGUGACUUCCUUUUUUGUUUGUUUCUUUGUUUUCUUUUAAAGGGUGAUUAAAAUCUGAAGCAAUGAGGCCAAAGAUUGGAAAACCCCCACCCCCACCUCUUUCCAGAACUGCUUGAAGAGAACUGCUUGGAGUUAAAGAAAAGGUGUUCUGCCCCAGGAGAGCAGUUCAUUGUUACUGUAACCAAUUGUAUAAUUUUGUUAAAUAUUUCUAUAAAUAUUUAAGAGGUGUACACAUAUGUAAUAUAUGAGGGAAUGAUGUAAAGUUGUAUGGCCUAGGGUCUCUCCACUCCUGUCCCAGAGUGGGCAGGCCGCAGGGGCCUCCUCCCUAUUUGUACAUUGGUCUCUGUGCCACAAACAAGCUUAACUUAGUUUAAAAUUUUCAGCAUAUGUUGCUGCUGCUUAAAUAUUGUAUAAUUUACCUGUAUAAUUCUAUGCAAAUAUUGCUUAUGUAAUAGGAUUAUUUUGUAAAGGUUUCUGUUUAAAAUAUUUUAAAUUUGCAUAUCACAACCCUGUGGUAGUAUGAAAUGUUACUGAUAACAUUCAAACACGCUAUGCGUGAUAAUUGUUGUUUUUGUUUAAUGAGCAGAUAUGAAGAAAGCACGUUAAUCCCGGUGGCUUCUCUAGGGGUAGUUGUAAGCAAUUCUCUUCAGUUGUGUGUAAACACAUGUGUGAUUUUCCAACGUACUGUACUGUGACUUUUUUAUUUUUUUGUCUUUUUUGUUUCUCGUCACCGUGUGUAAUCCUUAGUGAGUUUGGCUCAGUUAGGCUGGAAAAGUAGGUAUCUUUAUGGAUGUGUGCUAGUGAGGGAUGGCCCUAAACAUUUGCCUUAUCUAGAAAUAGUCUAGGAGAAGCCAGACUUCAUGUCCAUGACAUCUUGAUUGCCUUCCAGUCAGCCUCCCUUGUGUGUCAGAGUAAAUAGUUUGGGUGUUGAUACUUUAGUGUAUGGAGCCAGCCAUCUUCAUUGGUGGUAGGAAAGAAAUUAGGUAACAUGUCUGCUGGUGAGUCCCAGCUGGGCUAUGAGAGUAUAGUCUAGAAAAGUUAGUACUGUGCCCUUCUCAUGACCCACACACAGAUACACACAGGCCCUAAUUAGUGCAGGUAGAUCAAGCUCCUUAGUUCAUUCAGAGUCCAUAUGAAGCCAAGAGGUGAUGGUUUUAGGCCCUACAAUUUGAAUCCACUCUCUUCCUAAAUUGAACGACUGGUCAGGGCUUCCUGCAUGGUGAUAGGGUCAGAAAUUGUGUAGGAUACGAGCUUCCAAGGAUUACUGUCCAUAUGUUCCUGUUAGGUGCAUACUUCCUAAGCAAAUCAAAACAUGGUCUCCCUGCCCUCUCCACCACUAGUGUUCUUUCAGUGUGUCAUCUGUGGAGGAGCAGGAAAAUGCUGGAAGCAAACAUACCACAGAAGAACGGAGAUGGUGGUGGGUCCCUCAGCCAGGCUUUGCUUUGUAGAGAUUUCCUUCUGCUUGGAUUCUGUUCUCUUGCCCUCAGGUUUGGACUUCCUCACUUAUUUAGCCGAAGAUCAGCAAGCAUACGUCAGGGAAAUAUUGGCCAGCUCCCCUUCAAAAUGAGCACCGAGGACUUGCCUCAAAGGAAAGGGACAAGUGUCCAUGCAGCCACAGCCCUUUAAGCUACUGUGAGGAGCUCUCUGGCAGCUCUCUUAGUCCCUCCUGUCCUAUGUGGGAAAUCGUAAAAAGAAGGCAACAGGCCCCCAGUAGUACCAUCAGUUUAGUGACCUCAGACCCUAAAACUCAUCCCCAACACUGUAAGGUACUAAUUGGAAGCCACCUGUGGCUGCCAGGCGUGUGUAUGCUUAUAUACCAGGGGCCAUGGGCACCCAUUCUACUGUCUUGAUGCCUGUCAGCCACAGUCUGCCUACCUAACACCUGCUCUGUUCAGAGUACUUGCAUCCUGGGUUGAGACAGAUGCAAAGUUCUGAAGCCACUUCGCUGCGGCUCUUGGUGUGCCUUUCCUGAGCCAAGUUGUGUGGCAGGAGAGAGCCUGUACAGCUUCUUGAUUUCUUUCUGUACAGUGUAGAUCUUUCUCCGUGAGUCACAUUGGCUAUGGUGGGACUUGGAGGUAACAGAAAACUAGAAUUGCUCAGUCAGUCAAUCUCUUCCCCCUCCCUCAUAGUUUUAUUGUCUAUAUUGUUUGUUCACUUGGAUGUUUUAAUUUUUUUAAAAAAGAUCUUUGCUGAUAUUUAUAAUUUUGUAUCAUAAGAAUGUUUUCCUACAGUAUUUGUCAUGCCAGUUUAUAACAAAAAAAUGCAGGGAUUUUAUUUCUAUUGGAAACACUAUUACAGCUAUGUUUUACUUUGGAACAGAAUUUUUAUUUGUAUAGAGUGCUUACUAAUGUUAAAUAGUUCAGAGUAUAUAACAUUUACAUUAAGGACUCAUGGUAGGUUUUAGUUUAAAGGAAAUAUUCAAACUGGGUCUUGUCUGCCAGUUUGGGUGGAAAUGAGUUUGUGUCAUUUCAAUUACAAAGAUAAAAGUAUGCCAUAUAAUUUAUUUAUAUGAAAAUUUAUUUUUGUAGUGUACAUAGUAGUCAUCAAGUCUUUUGACAGAAGUAUAUUUUUAAAGAAUUUAUAUGUGAUGAAUCCAUAAUGUCUGGAACUUUGCUGAGACAUGAGUGGGGACACUUCCUUGUAAAUUGCAGCAAAGAAAAGAAAAUGUUUAACAGUGUUAAGAGAGUGCAAGUGAGUGGACAAUUCAUUCGAUUGUGUUUAUUAGUGACCAUUUGUGACCUAGUGUGGUUCUCAUUUUAAACCUUGGAAGGUGAAAAUGUACAAACUCUCUAAAUAUUAAUGUUCAAACACUGAUAGAAAUUCUAACAUGAAUAAAAAUAAUAUAACUUGUUGGUUA